AUGCGGCUGGCAGGGGCUCGGACCCUGCUCCCGCGGGGCGCUAAGGGAGCAGGGGGUGUAACGACCACUUCCGGGCCCCUCGCUCCCACCCCCACCCGGCAGCAGGCGCGCAUUCCUGCCGCCCCCGCUCGUCCCGCCGCCGGCGCCCCGCGGCCCCCGGCGGAGCCGCUGGGGCCCCGCGACGUCUUCAUCGCGGUCAAGACCACCAAGAAGUUCCACCGCGCGCGCCUCGACUUGCUGCUGGAGACCUGGAUCUCGCGCCACAAGGAGAUGACCUUCAUCUUUACGGAUGGGGAAGACGAGGUGCUGGCCAGACACACGGACAACGUGAUCAACACCAACUGCUCAGCCGCCCACAGCCGCCAGGCGUUGUCCUGCAAGAUGGCCGUGGAGUAUGACCGCUUCAUCGAGUCGGGGCGGAAGUGGUUCUGUCACGUGGACGAUGACAACUACGUGAACGUGAGGGCUUUGCUGAGGCUGCUGGCCAGCUACCCUCACACACAGGAUGUCUACCUGGGCAAGCCCAGCCUGGAUCGGCCCAUCCAGGCCACAGAGCGGGUCGGCGAGGGCGAGGUGCGUCCCGUCCACUUCUGGUUUGCCACCGGGGGGGCCGGUUUCUGCAUCAGCCGUGGGCUGGCCCUGAAGAUGAGCCCUUGGGCCAGUGGGGGCCACUUCCUGAGCACGGCCGAGCGUAUCCGUCUGCCGGACGACUGCACUGUCGGCUACAUCGUGGAGGCCCUGCUGGGCGUGCCCCUCACCCGCAGCGGCCUCUUCCACUCCCACCUGGAGAACCUGCAACAGGUGUCUGCCGCGGAGCUCCACGAGCAGGUGACACUGAGCUACGGCAUGUUUGAGAACAAGCGGAAUGCCAUCCACAUGAAGGGGGCCUUCUCGGUGGAGGCAGACCCAUCCAGGUACGGAACCAGGGCUGGCGGACGGGAAGCUGGGUGUCUCUAG